CCUACGGGAUUAAGAUCACGAACACUGAUCUCAAAUCAGUGGUAGGGUGGAUUCCAGCUCAAACCGCACAAAACUUGGCUACCAAUGGUAACCACACCCCCCUAUUGAAUCAAAUGGGUAGGCCUAUAUGGGGAUUUUGACAGACGUUUGCAGCGACUAGCCUACUACCGACUCAAGACUGCCCUAGCAACCCGGUGGAUGAGCCAACCAUAACCGUGUAAAACUCGAGACUCUGCCGCUACUGGGGACAGGAAACGACAGAGAUCAGAGAGAGCUGCGGAACAGUGUGGCUGGCUGGUGGUACAAUACAGCGUUAUAACAAGUACGGUACUUGGUAUGGUACGUAUGGUACUUUCAAGGCACGGUAGCAGGAAUGGAGGAUUUGUGGAAUGACGUUUUGAACACUGGGACAGGUUCGGCGUGAGCGGCAAGCUUUGAUGUUACAGUGGAACACACUGUAGAUGUAGGCUAAUUUGUAUAAUUGUUUAUGUUACAUUGUGUUGUCACUUUUACUGCUCAAAGUUGACAUUUGUAGCUUUCAUUCAAAUUCCUAUUUUAGAAGACUUCAAAUCUGUGUUUGAUGCAUUUAUUCUAAAUGGAUAUAAAUGGAUAGAGUUCCCAGAUAUGAAUUAUGACUGAUAAUAUAAGGCUAUCCACUGGAUGAACUGUCAAAGAACACCAGAUUCAAUUUGACUCGCUUCUUUGCUACUUUAAUUCGUGCGUCACACAGCUCAAAUCUUGAGUUGGAAGAGAAAUAAAAGUGAUUGAACAGUCUUGUACAAGUUGUUCCAUGAUGGAACAUAAUCAUUCUUCACCGCGAGGAUGAACCACAGAACCAGCCCCGUCAAGGCUUACGAUUUUCUGCUUAAGUUUCUCCUGGUGGGAGACAGCGAUGUGGGAAAGGGGGAGAUACUGGCGAGCCUCCAGGACGGAGCCAGCGAGUCUCCGUAUGGCUACAACAUGGGAAUCGACUACAAGACGACAACGAUACUCCUAGACGGAAGAAAAGUCAAGCUGCAGCUCUGGGACACCUCUGGCCAGGGGCGCUUCUGCACCAUCUUCCGCUCUUACUCCAGAGGAGCACAGGGUGUGAUCUUGGUUUAUGACAUCACCAACCGAUGGUCGUUUGAUGGUAUUGACAGAUGGAUUAAGGAGAUAGAUGAGCAUGCACCGGGAGUGCCUAAGAUCCUGGUGGGGAACCGGUUACACCUGGCCUACAAACGCCAGGUGACCACAGAGCAGGCCCAGGUGUACGCUGAGAGGUUAGGGGUCACCUUCUUUGAGGUCAGCCCGCUGUGCAACUUUAAUAUCACAGAGUCCUUCACAGAGCUGGCCAGGAUAGUCUUAAUGAGGCAUGGCAUGGAGAGACUCUGGAGGCCUAUCAAAGUUUUGAGUCUUCAGGACCUGUGCUGUCGUUCCAUCGUGUCCUGCACCCCUGUCCACCUUGUUGACAAGCUUCCUCUCCCCCUGGCUCUCAAGUUCCACCUCAAGUCUUUCUCCAUGGCCAACGGCCUCAAUGCCCGCAUGAUGCACGGACGGUCCUACUCCGUCACCACCACUGCUGCCAACACCACCCACAUCGCCACCAAGAGGACCGGAUGCCAGCUGCUGAAGAAUAAAAAACUCUUCCGUCCUCCGCCGCUCAGCCCGGUGGCCGAACAGAGCUGCACUGGCAAGAGCUGCAAGAUCUCCUAGCAACCAGUUGAAACAGGAAGAGGAAGUCCUUGGGGAAGAAGGUUUCAUCACAUGAACAGGAAGUUGGUGUUGAUCACUUGUGCAGCCAAAGAUGGUGGAUAAAUUAACCAUUUACCAUGUUUACCAUUGAAAAAAAUGGUCACAGUUCCGGUCUGCUUAAGGGGUGGCUCUCCCAUAGACACCAAUGUAUUAGCAGCUGGGUCUGGUCUACUUAGUUCAUUGACUGUAUAUGAGCGAGUGAGAUGUCUUCCUUCCUCUUCCGUCUCUGGUGCAGCCAUAGACUUAGAUAGAUAUUGCCUCAUUAUUUCUGUCCCAUUAUAAUAAUAAUUUGGUAGGUGCUUACAAGUGUGUAUUAAUACACAUGUGAAUUGGAAAUGUUAUUUUUUGCAUAUCCCAAUGCUCCCCGAGACACCCACAGAUAGUAGGGUCAUGGCCAGGGUCUGCCGUUAUCAACAAGAACCCUGGAGCAAUUAGGGUUAAGUGCUUUGCUCAAGGGCACAUUGACAGAUUUUUCAUGUUGUCGGUUUAUGGAUUAGAACUAGCAACCUUUCAGUUACUGGCCCAAUGCACUAACCGCUAAGCCACCUGCCCUAUAGGAAGUCCCACCCAGUUGAAUACUUCCAAAUACUGAAAGUCCUCAAUGGCGCUGCCCAUGCUAAAACAAGCUUUUGGGCACUAGAGUCUUCUAUCUAUUUCUAUGGGUGCAGCUCGUCUAGGGUCACCAAGAGCCAGCCACAUGAGCUUCGAGGGAGUAUUCAACGAGAGGUGACCCCCCCCCUUCCCUAAUCAGGAAGUUUUCACAGGGACUGGAUGUUCUAGGCCUCCAGACGCACAACAGUCUCCCACAGGCACUCACAGGAGCUCCAUGGUGGGACAAAGAUGGGGAAGGAACAUGUCACGCUCAGAGAUUUUGGAUUAGCGCUAUGGGUCACUGACCAUGGAACCAGAAGGAAGUUUUAAUGCCAGAUCAUAUGUGAGCCAUUUGACUAUAUUUCAAUUACUUUUUACAUUAAUUUGGUCAUUUGUAUUUCACCGGCCUGAACUACAAUAUAAUGUAUUUUGUAACAAGAUACUUUCGAGACCUGUAAUUUGUAUUUUCAAAAUACAAAAUACUUAUCUAUACCUUUUUUUUAUAGUGGUUCACAAUUUCGUGGCCACCUUUCACCCUGCAUUGGUAUCAGAAGUCUGAUGGCAGUAUGGUGUGAUAAGAGUAUCUCCUAAAUGACGAAAUGUUAAAAUUUGUAUUAUUGGGUAUUAUUCUAAUGAGCUCCGUCCCUGAAACGAGGCCAAUAAUAACAAUAAUAAUAAUACUCUGUGUACUUUGCAAUAGUUUAUUUUUACAUUUACAUUUUGGUCAUUUAGCAUUCAGUGCAUUCAACUAAGGUAGAUAAACAACCACAUAUCACAUCAAUGGUAAGUUUUUUUUUGUUACAGUUACUGAGAAUGUUGUUGUAGUGAAGGCGUAUACUUGCAAAUAUAUUUUGUAUUUUAGUUUGAUACAUUGGUCUUUAGAGUAUCUUGUAUUUAGAACAAUAAACAUUUGAUGUAUCUUUUGCUCAUCUCUGAUUGUGCAUAAUAUGUUUCCAGAAAAAUGAUGAACAUAUGUACUGUGUAAAAAAUAUAGUACUAAAUAGUACUAUUGUGUACAAUAUUUGUGGAUGAUCUGUGGUCCUCUUUGCACUGUUUUCUCACCCACUGCAAUCAAUGACACAAAGCAUUCAAAUUCGUUUUAAUCCUGUAGUCUAAUUUCACAAUGAAAGAAAUGUUACUGGACUGGUCUUAUAAAUGGUAUACUACACACUUCUGCCUUUAAAAACAUACUGGACAAAGCCUUUUUAAGAUCUAGCUACUUGUUUUACACAUACUUUUUACAGCAAAAUACUAUUUCUGCCGAAGUCAUCUGGAACUUCAAGUCUGCAAUUCUAUGGAGAAACCAUUUGUGUAGUGAAUUUGUAUGAUAUGUACAGUUAUGACAAUGUUGUUUGAUACAAUGUAUUUUUUCUGUUAUUUGGGUUUGUAUUCAUUUCCAAGUGUACAGUGACAGAGAUUAUACUAUUUCAGAUAGUGACACCAACACCAAAGACUUAGUAGACUGAGGACGUUACUGAACGAACAAGGGUUUUGUACAGUAAAUAUCACCACACGGAUUUACAAUAAAUUUCACAAACAGGAACUGUCUUCUCUGCUCAGAUAGUAAUAAUAAAAAUAAAAAUAAUUGAUAGCAUUUAUAUGACAUUUUUCCACAUGCUCAAUGCGCUGUAAGGAGGGAAACUCACCUCAUCUCACUUGAUCAUGUUUUUACCCACAUGUCCCUGAUGAAAACCUGAAAACAAUGGGUGCAUUCCAUGUCACCCACUAGCUUUACUAGAGAGCGCUUUACAAAGGAGAAGUAUUUUUACAUACUGUAUCUAAUGAAGACCUUUAUGGUCUCAUGGCUGUUUGCAAAUGAGGUAUGACAGGCUCAGCCAUAGAGCAAGAACAGGUACUGUAAAUACAUUGCUUUUAAAAUCUAUCAGAAAUGCUGAGAAAUUGACACAUGGAAAGCUUUCCUGAUUAUUUUGGUCUUGUCUGUACUCUGGUCUCUUUGGUUAUGUGUUGUUCUUCAAUGAGAGUGUCAACAAGAGGAUCAGCAUUCGGUAAGUCCUCAUCAUAGCAAAGACUCCAUAGAUCCAGAGUUUCAGAAGACCUUUAUUACCGACAUACUGUCUACCUGGACUGAGACCAGCUCAGUAGUGUUAGUGAAUGGAACCGAUUGGCCCAUUUCAACAACGCCUUUAGUUUCAUGGGUUACAACUACAUAGGUAAUCUCUCUCGCUCUCUCUCUUUGAUUGAGUGUGUGUACACAUAAUAAAUGUUAUGACAAUUUGCUUCGGAAAAAUAUACAAUUUCUAAGUAGCCAAUGUCACUGGGCGAGUGGAUGGCAGCAAUUAGACUUGUUCUUUAAGCGCCUCAAACUUGACAAUAGUGGUUACCUUGAAUAAAUGCAUGUUUAUCCGUA